AUGGCUCCACAACCGGGACAAUCCAGUAAUCACCCGCUACCAGCAAAGGAGCUCGGAUGUUUCAAAAAGAUCAUUGUGAGUUUUUUCUCUCGAUUCAUUUUGAAAUUUAGUUUUUUGGGGAAGUUUUUCUAGAUUUUGAGCACAGUUGGGUGAAUUUUACAAAAGAAAAAUCAAUAGAUUUCUGUUAAAAACUACUGAGAAGUUGAAUUUUCCUAAUUAUUUCACAAGGGAAUUUUUGAUGAAAUUUAUAUUUUCUAGAAGAUUUUGGCCGGCUGAUUAGCAGCCUGGUGUAAUAAAAUGUACAGCUUAUGAGUUAUGACGUGGGCAAUUUUUGAAAAAUCAUGGUUUGAUAAUGCCAGAGUAGUUAGCCACAAAUUCCAAGCUUUGCCACGUCAUAGCUCAUGUUCAGAGUUGAGCUAAGUUGAUAACAGGGUUCGGUCAAAAACUACUAGAAUGCCAUUUUUGUCUUCAAAAACCAAUGAAAUCCUGUCUGUUUCCAGAAAAGUUAUGAGCAAAAACAAUACAAAGCUGGGCUUAAACUUGCUAAGCAAAUCAUGUCAAAUCCAACAUACGCCGAACACGGUGAAACUCUCGCCAUGAAAGGUCUCAUUCUGAAUUCGAUGGGAAAAACGGCGGAAGCGCAAGAUUGUGUGAAACGUGGAUUGAAAGCGGAUUUAGGUUCGUAUGUUUGUUGGCAUGUUUAUGGAUUGGUGCAAAGAACCGAAAAGAAAUACGAUGAAGCAUUGAAAGCUUAUAAAAGAGCAUUGAUGUUGGAUAAGGACAAUGUGACGAUUUUGAGAGAUUUGUCAUUGUUGCAAAUUCAAUUGCGAGAUUAUGAAGGAUAUUUGGCAUCGAAAUAUGACUUUUUACGGUUGAGAGGCAAUCAAAAGACUUCAUGGAUUGGUUAUAUUGUUGCUCAUCAUUUAGUCAAAGAUUAUGAUAAAGCAUUGGGUGUUAUGGAGGAAUUUAUCAAAAAUAAUAAGGUAGGAUCUUUAGUUUGCCUCAAAAUCAGAACAAUUCGUUUUUUUUCAGCCUGAUGGAUAUGACUUCGAACACUCUGAAUUGAUUCUCUAUCAAAAUAUGAUUUUGCGCGAAGCUGGACGAUUCAAAGACGCUCUUCAUGCUUUGGAGCAAAAUUCGACACAUAUCGCUGAUCGUGUUGCUUAUCAAGAAAUUCGUGGUACACUUUUAAUGGAACUCGGGCAUUUCGAAGAGGCGCAAAAAGUUUGGAAACAAUUGUUGGAUCGAAAUCCGGAAUCGUUGGAAUAUUAUAAUCAACUUGAAGCGUGUCUUAGAAUUAAUGGUGAGAUUUUUUUUGAAAAGAAGGGGACUGGAGCUGAAAUUUUAAAUUGAGAAUUAUUGAAAUUAUGAAGUUCUGAAGUUGAUCAAGAUCAGGAAAUCUAAAAUUCACUAAAAACAAUUUUUUUAAUGAAAAAAAUAAUACUUAAGUUUUAUUAAAAUUUACGAAUCUCGUCACGUUUUUUCUUUUCACAUCGGUGAGUUUUACGAUUACAUUCAUAGCUAUAAUUUUUGCAUUGACCACCUUUGACACAGAAUUGUGAAAUAGCCAGAGUGAUAAGCAUGAAGAAUAUGAAAAUUUUUAGCAUUUUUUAAACAAUUUUUUCGAAAGAAAAUCAUCUAUUUAUGAUUAAAACACCAAUUUCCAAAGUUAUAAAACAUGGGAAAAAUCAAGAAAUCAAAAAAAUCAAAAAUUUUUAGGAAACGAGAAAGACAAAUUAAAAAUGUAUGACGAUUUGGCGAAAAGAUUUCCACGUGCAGCUGCUCCACGUCGACUUGCUCUUUAUAUGGUAGAAGGUGAAGAAUUGCGCACUCGACUACAUUCAUGGAUUGUUCCAAUGAUUCGAAAAGGCGCGCCAAGUCUAUUCGCCAGUCUUGUUCCACUUUAUGAAUUCCCGAAAAAAGUCGAGGUUAUCGAAACGCUUAUCAAUGAAUUUGUGAAGAAAAUGGAUGAUGAGGGAUAUAAUAAUGUGUCUCUCGAGGAAAAUGGUGAAAUUGAGCCGCCUUCGACUGCACUUUGGUUGUAUGUUUUGGCUGCGCAACAUUUUGAUCGAGUUGGAAAUGUGCAAUUGGCUUUGAAUUAUAUCGAAAGAGCUUAUCAGCAUACACCGACUUUGGUUGAGAAUUUGAUGUUGAAAGCUAGAAUUUAUAAGGUAAUUUUAUUUGGGGAGGGUUGGCGAUUCGAAAAAUGCUUUAGAAAUAUCUCAAAAAUAAUUUUUUCAUAAAACCUCGAAUUUUUGAGAUUUGAGUUCAUUUUUGAUCAUUUCCGAUUUUUGUCAAAAUUUAAGAAUUAUAUUUCACAGAAUUUUGGACCCUGAAACCACAGGAAGAAAAUGGUCGAAAACUUCAAUGUUUAAAAAAUAUAAUAUAUAAGAAAGAUGAUAUUUAGUUUUGUUUCUGGACCAAAAAUUAAUUAAUCUCAAAAUGUUUGCAGCAUGCUGGAGAAUAUGAAGAAGCAGCUCGUUUGAUGGAUGAAGCUCAAAGUCUUGACACAGCUGAUCGAUAUAUCAAUGGAAAAUGUGGAAAGUAUUUACUUCGCGCAGGUCGUCUAGAAGAAGCUGAAAAAAUGUUGUCAAAAUUCACACGUGAAGGCGAAAAAGCAUCAUCCCAUUUAACUGAUAUGCAAUGUUUAUGGCAUGAAAUUGAAUGCGGAAAAGCGAAUCGAUCAUUGAAUAAAUACGGCGAAGCAUUGAGAAGAGCACAUCAUGUUGAAUUCCAUUUCAAUACAAUGAUUGAGGAUCAAUAUGAUUUCCAUAGUUAUUGUAUGAAGAAAAUGACUUUGUCAGCGUAUGUGAAAUUGUUGAGAUUGGAAGAUGUGAUAUGGCGAAAUAAUUAUUAUUAUCAAGCUGCGAAAUUGGCGAUUAAGAUUUAUUUGAGAAUGUUGGAUCGACCGGAAGAUAUGAAUGAGCAAAAUGGAUUGAUUCGAGAUGGAAUGAGUGAAAAUGAGAUCAAAAAGAUGAAGAAGAAGUUGAAGAAACAAAAGGAAUUGGAAGAAGAAGCGAAAAAGAAGGAAAAGGAAAAAGAGGUGAAAGAAGAGGGUUUGCAAAGAGGACCACAAAUUGAUGGAGAACAAUUGUUGAAGACUGCGAAACCAUUGGAAGAUGCUGCGAAAUUCUGUCAGCAUUUACAUGUUUUGGGAACUCAACAUGUUACUGGAUAUGCACUUUGUGCUGAAGUUUAUCGAAGGAAGAAUAAGGUUUUGUUGGUUUUGAAAUGUUUGAAUGAGGGAAGCAAACUCGAUUCGCAACAUCCUUUGCUUCAUAUUCAGAAAGUCAAGUUUUUGACAUAUUGUGAGUUUUUGAAGAGAAGAAAGCUAGAAGUUUAAAAACUGAAAUUCUAGCCUAAAAAAUGCACGUUUUUCUAUUUUUAUUUUAAAUUUUUGAUAAAAAAUCAAGAAAUGUUUUUUUUUUUCUAAAAAAAUAUCUAAAUUUUUCCAGGGCCAACUGUUGAAUUGAAUGGUGUUGUAAAAGACACAGCUGAAGAUCUUGUCAAAACAAUUUUCGGAAACGAAACUGAUGCGAAAAAUUUGAAUGAGCAAUUCAAAAUCGCCAAUCAACACAGCUUUGCGCAUCGUUUAGCUUGUAAGUUUUUUCUUGCAAGAACUUUUUUCAUUCGAUAUUUUUAUAGACGCCGAAGCGAGAUCGAGUUAUGAAGCUGAUUCAUCAUUGAACAAAUGGUUAUUGAAAUCGGUGGAAGAUGAGACUGUUAAUGGAAGAAGUUUGAAAAUGUUGAUCAAGUUGAGAGAUGGAAUUGAGUAUGGGAAAUAUGGAAAAUGGUCGAGUGAAGAGGUGAGUUUUUUGGAAUUUCCUGCUAAAUUUUGAAUAAAAAUACUAGAUUUUCAUUAAUUUUUCCAUUCUUCAGAUCACCGAACUCAAAAGAUUGGCUCAUUUGAAAUAUCCAUUAUCGAUUGAAUUUGGCGGUGGAUUGGCUAAACCAAAAUCCGAAACCGAAUAG